AUGUCUAGGAUACAUCCGGCUGCAGUGAAUAGAUACCAGGAUCAUGAUCAAGAUCAUCCGCUGGAGCUUCAAGAUGUUCAUGAUCAUCGUGUGCCUCCCUCUGCGCUCACUGUGUGGAAGAGAUCCAGCAUGAGUUUCCAGGGGACUGAUGGAUUCACAGUGUUCGAUGACCGCGGAAUAUUGACUUUCCGAGUAGACAACUAUUCGAGAAAAAACUGUUGUGUUAGAGGAGGGCUUGUCCUAAUGGACGGAGUCGGAAGGGCCUUGCUGACCCUCAAACCCCAGAUGUUGAGCAUGCAAGACCAAUGGAAUGCAUAUAGAGGAGAAGAUGGGUGUGGAAAGAGCCCAAAAUCCAGCAGGGUGUUUGCCAUGAGAAGUGGGUCUGGCCUUUUUGGCAGCAGCAACAAAAGUGAAGCAGCUGAGGUGUUCAUGGGAGCUCAUGCAACUGGCACCCCAGAUUUCAGAAUUGAGGGUUGUUUUGGGAGACGAAAUUGCAAAAUCAGAAGCCGCAGUGGACAAUUGGUGGCCAGUGUAGCUAGAAAGAGAGUAAACAAUACAGUCUUGCUUGACAAUGAUGUGUUCAACUUGGUGGUUCAACCAGGCUUCGACCUUGACCUUAUUAUGGGUUUUAAAUAA